CUUUGACAGCUAUCGCGAUGACAUCUCGUGGCUGUACGUCAGCUGUUCGUUUCCAAUACGUGAUUACUCGCAAGAAUUGUUAUGCUCACGAUUAUUUGCAAGAAUUGUUAAUUACUUUACUAUCGCGGGAAUAUACAGGGCAAGCGUACAUGCAUAACGUCAUGAAAUCCUUUCGCGAGGCCCUCUCGAACGCGAAUAACAUUCUGAUUUUAACCGGUAGCGGUAUUUCCGCGGAAUCCGGCGUGCCAACUUUUAGAGGUGCCGGUGGAUUUUGGCGUAAAUAUCAAGCGCAAAAUCUCGCGACACCGGAGGCCUUCGCGACGAACCCCUCGUUAGUGUGGGAAUUUUACGAAUAUCGCAGACAAUUAGUGAGCAAAGUUAAGCCGAAUAAGGCGCACGAAACUAUUGCGGAAUUUCAAAAACGCAAAAUAGCAGAGGGUAAAAAUGUAUCAAUUGUCACGCAGAAUAUAGAUGGAUUACAUCAAAAAGCUGGAGCACAGGAUGUAGUGGAGUUACAUGGUUCCCUUUAUAGAACACGUUGUACCAAAUGUCAUAAUAUUGCCAUUAAUGAGAAUAUUCCUAUCUGUCCAGCAUUGGCAGGAAAAGGAUCUCCUGACCCGAACAUUAUGUCCUCUGAUAUUCCAAAAGAAGAAUUACCGCAUUGUGAAAUCAAAGAUUGUGGAGCUUUGCUGCGGCCAGAUGUCGUAUGGUUUGGUGAACAGCUAGACGAAAAUAUACUGCAAAAGGCUUAUGACAUUGUUGAAAGUUGCGACGCUUGCUUGGUCAUUGGAACUUCAGCAAUCGUAUAUCCAGCAGCAAUGUUUGCACCGCAAGUUGCGCGACGUAAAGUACCGGUAGCAGAAUUCAAUAUAGAAGAAACGCCAGCCACGAGACAAAUGCAAUACCAUUUUCAAGGCCCCUCUACUACUACUGUGACAGAAGCAUUGGUGCCUUAAAAGAGUUGAAAUACAUAAUACGCACAAAAUAUGACCAUUAAUCUGUUUUUCGUAGUAUAAAAUAUUGAUUACCUUACAAUAACACACUUCUGUAUUCAAUCCAAGAUGAUUUAAGUAGUCCAACCAUAAUUUUUGUUUGGUUGACAAUGAAUCGCCCGGACCCUUUACCUCUACAAUUUUGUACUGAAAAAAUAAUACAUUUAAUUGCAUUUUGAUGCAAUUUACGUUUGAUAAAAUAUAAGACCGUUUCUCGAAUAUAAUAUAUAUAAGCUUUUAAAAUUAUGUACAUAGAAAAAUAAACUUACUUGUUUUGUA